UAUCUUAUUCAGAUAAGAGGCUAUGGCGCUUCCGUCCAUUGCGAUAUAGCACGUCCACUCUUCAACGCCAUUAAACUGAUAAUAUCCCUUCUUCAACCUUCUUCCUCCCUCCUUCCCUCUAAAAACUGCAAAACAAUGGCGUCUUUUCAAGCCUCACUGCAAUCCAAUCACGUUCGUCCCGUGCAAAUCCCCAGAAGCUUCCUCUCCCAAAAGCCUGUCCUCAACCUCUCAUUCUCCGGCACCAAUUUCCCUUCUCUCAAACUGAAGUUCCCCGGCACCGUCACCAACCGCCGAUCCAACGGCGCCCUCGGAGCUAAGAUGUCGGCAACCGCCGCCGCUAGCUACGCCCUCGCCCUCGCGGACGUCGCCAAAGCCAACAAUACCCUCGAUGCCACCACCUCCGACAUCGAGAAGAUCGAGGAAGUCUUCUCCGACCCUCAGGUGUUCGGCUUUUUCUCCAACCCAACUAUCGAUCUGGAGACCAAGCGCAAGGUAGUGGAUGACAUUGCCACCUCCUCGAGCUUGCAGCCUCACACUCGUAACUUCCUCAACAUUCUUGUGGACGCCAAGAGGAUUGAUCUGAUCAAGGACAUAGCAAAGGAGUAUGAGUUCGUCUACAACGACUUGACGAACACAGAACUCGCGGUGGUGAGCUCGGUGGUGAAAUUGGAGGCGGAGCAAUUGUCGCAGAUAGCGAAGCAGGUGCAGAAGCUGACAGGGGCAAAAAAUGUGAGGAUCAAGACCGUGAUUGAUCCGAGUUUGGUGGCCGGAUUCACCGUCAGGUAUGGGAAUUCUGGAUCAAAGUUGAUUGACAUGAGCGUGAAGAAGCAACUUGAGGAUAUUGCGGCUCAGCUCGAUUUGGGUGACAUCACACUCACUGUAUAAGCCUAUCUAUCUACUGUUUAUGGUUCAAUUCGAUAAGGCGUUCCCAUUCUUUCUCCCUCUUUCUUUUUGUAGUUAAAAGCGCGUCUUUGUGAAAACAAUUUCUGGGUUUUAAAUGGUGAGAUUUUGCUGCAUAUACUACUCACUGCAUGAUGAAAUUGCAAAACUGGCUCCCUGUACUUUUAUAACCAUAUACUGGAAACGUGAAUAUCUCCAUUAUCUCUGUGAAGGGA